AGCUCAAUGAGCUCGGCAGAGGAAGAACAGUUUUUACGGGAAUGGGCAUUCUCAUCCCGUCUUUUGUUCUACUCAAUCAUUGCUGUCACUUCAAUUACUCUGCCAGUACUUGUGAUAAUUAUGGUUUUGAUAAGACCACAUCGGAAUUCACAAUACUUUCCAUACAUGUGUGGGAUCAUCGCCGGCAAUUUUGUGCUACUAUCUACUGUCUUCACAUUGGUUGUCUCGGAAAAUGUUAAUUUUGUUUAUAGUUAUCUUCCUGGCUUUAUGAUCUGCAAAUUUUCUGCAUUCCUUGUCAACUCGGCAUCUUGUUUCAUACAUUGGACAUGGGUUGGAAUGUAUUCACAACGUUUUCUUCAUGUUUUCUUUCCACUUCGUUCUAGACGAAGACUCCCACGUAGUACCUGGAAUACACUACUUAUAAUUUUGUUAAUCUCUUGUACGUGCCAAAUCUGGGCUCCAAUUACAAUAACCGAGCUUAGCUUCUCUCCGGGAAACAAUAGCCAAGGCACGUAUUGUGCAGAGGAUCCGUACUUCAGCAGCUCAUCAAAGAUCAUUGUUCUCGUUGAAAGCACAAUUACAUUCUUCAUUCCAUUCAUGUUAACUGUUCUAGCGGAUAUCUCAGUUUUGGUGUCAAAAGUUCCAUGGCAAACACCUUUCAAAUUAAUUUCUGCUGAUGAUUUAAGAAACAAUAAUAGAAGUGAUAACAUGAAAAUUGUUUCAAAAUUAAAUUUAGAGAGCGCUGAAAAACGAAGAAUAAAUGCAAUCAAAAGAUGUCUCAUUUCUGCAACGCUCACUUUAGUACUAAAUUUGCCAAAUUAUGUCCUUCAGGUCGUUGAUGAGUUCUACUCAUUGCGAGAGCAUGGAAAUAUCUCCAUUCGACGAGUUUUUCUUCAGGCGGACGCAGCUGUUUAUAUUUUGUAUCUUCUGCAGUUCCCAUUGGUUCCAGUGAACAUGUAUUUCCUUCGGCAGAACAUUACAAGAAGCUCAAGGAAACUUCGAGAGAAGACAACAUUACAACAAGAGCACAGCAAAUCGUUCCAAGUGCUCGAAAUGAGUAAUGAUCAGAGCCGAAUUCCGUUGAGCACCACGAUUCCAUCUCCAAUGUCUCAUGCGUAGCAUUCUUUAUCAAUUAACGGGAACACUUGUCGGGUGAAUAUGAAAUAUCUCAAAAUAGAUGCAAGUACCUCUAAAUUAUUGGUUAACAUAUUUUUAUUUUCUAUGGUAUUUUUAUUAUGUGUAUUCGAGAUCUCACCAAUUUUUAGUUUUUCUUUUCUUCCAAUCAAAAUAAAUAUUUUUUGAAAAUA